UGCCCGAACCCGACCGACCUCGACGGGAAGAAUUCAGAAACCAUCUUUCCUUCUUCCCUCUGGGAAACCUUACUCGUCAAACCCUAGCAAUGUCGAUCCUUCAGUCUUGCUUUGUUUCGGAAUUAACAAGACUUGUUUUCAUCGACAACCCCUAAUGGAUUCGUGAUAUUUGCUUUUGGUUUGAGCUUUCCCCUUGAACUCUCUCAACCCCUCCAUCCAUCGCCAACCUUCAGACCCCCAAAUACACCGGAAGAUGGUGUUGGUCUACCAUAGUCACAACCCCCAAACAAUUCCUCGUUCUUCAACCAGAACUAAGAACAAAUUUCGGUAUUACUUGAAGGGUUUUUACGCCUGAGGCUGUUUCGUCUCUGAUAUGCAGUAAAUAAGAUUACUGUGUAUCUGUCUCCGAAAGAACCUCUCCUCAUAAUCCAACUUUUUUCUGUCCCGCCAACUACGUCUCCGCCAGGGUCUCUUCUUCCACUUCAGCUCCAGAGAGAGGAAUAUAUGGAGACAAGUCUUUUGGUUCAAAGCAUUUACUUAUAUCUCCUUUCUUUUUCCUUUUUUUGUUGUUUUGUUGUUUUGUUGUUUUGUUGUUUUGUUGUUUUGUUGUUUAUUCUUCAUGAAUUGUAUAAUCUGGCUUGAGCUGUAUCAAAAUUUAUAUUGUAUUUAACUCACACUCGACACACGUUAGACAUACUCAACAUAGAGUUAGUGAGAUCUUCAUAUGCAUGGUAAAUAAUGUCAGUACAUGGGU